AUGGACGCAGACCACCGCCGCGCCAGCCUCGCGCGCUCCCUCAUAGUCCUCCAACACCGCUACCUCAUCAUGUUCAUCAAGCCCAUCAUCCGCCAAGUCCGCGAGCUCGUCCUCGCCAGCGCUCGACAAAGCCCAGUAGAGUACCUCGACCGGAUCCUGGAAGCAGCACGCACCAUCGCAAACAACCAGCAACGACCAGCCACGGCUCGCAUCUUUGCGUUGCUGAAAUUGUGGGCAUGGCGCGACUGGAUGAUCAGAACACAGCUCAUCUGGGCCGUGGUGUUUGACCAUCCACUUCUGCAGCAAGACUUCAACGAGGGGCUCGUUUUCUUGAUCGAAAGCAUUGGUCCGCUAUACCAGCCCUGGAGGGCGAAGCGCAGUUCGCAUCAUACCAGAGUCCAGCCGUGGGAGCCAAAGGCAAGGUUCCAGAAGCUGGUGCCCUUCAAGCCAGACUACAAGCCGGAGAACAUUUUCAGCAAAGUCAAGGAGACAGGCAACUUCACCGGCCAAAACAACCUCGAAUGGAGCGAGAGUCUUUGCGAUUUCGUGACAGUUCGAGACGGACGCUCGCCGAACCACUGGUCUCCAUUCACCAAGAAUGCCACCGCUCGCCGUUCCCACUCCACCAGCGAGCAUCAACAGCUUUCGCAAGUCUCGAAUGCGCUGGGAGUCCAGACUUGGUAG